UAAAAAGAAAUCCCUCACGCCGAUCGGAGUGGAGCAGUUCAUGUUUCGACUGGUACGGUGUCCCUGUCUGAGGUUCUCUCAACUGAGACUGCUCUCGGCCAAGGCCAGGAGGACUCGUCCCAGCGCCGCUGAGCCUGGCCAGGGAGACAGAGAGCCCAGAGAAGGAGCGGCCGAGGGGACUGUACCCUCCGUGUCUGUUCCCAGCACCAGUGUAGAUAGCGGAGGCUCUAGAUCAGCACCGCAGACACUCAGUCUUCAUGACAGUCUCUACAUUUCCUCUCUACUGGAUGCCUACCUUGGACUCGGCAUGGUGUCUGAGGCGGAGCUGGUGUUCAACAGGCAUCGUCGAGAGGGCCACACGUUCCCAGUCUCUGUCUACAACAAGAUACUCCAGUCCUGGGUCAAGAAGGGUAGCCAGCUGAGAGCUGUCAUGUUGUUUGAGAGUAUGGUGAGGGACGGGGUGGACUGCAAUGCCCAGACCCACGCCAUAAUGCUGGUCCUCCACACAAGAAGAAAAAACUGGGAUGCUGCAAAGAAAAUUGUAGCACGGAUGGAAUCAGAGGGUUAUCCCCUGAAGCACAUCCUUCAGAUGGCACAGCUCUCCAAGACGGAAGCAGCUGAAGUUCUCAAGGCAAUGGAUCACUUUAGAGUGUCGGCUGAGAAAUUACCUCGUCAAGUGGGGCCGUACCCUCGAGUAGUGCGGAGUCUGUAUGAUGACUGGAGCAGAGAGAGUGACACAGAGAGACCGGGGGAAGUGACAUCAGGGGAGGAGAAGUCAGAAGAAAGACUGGGUGUGGGGGUUGCGUCGGUGAAGGUGUUUAGUCCAGACGAGCUCAAAGACAGACUGAGAAGACAGUUACAGAUGGAACAGCAGGGCUAUCUGAGUGCUCCCUCCAUUGCUGCAGUACAUAAAACUGACAGCCCUGAGGAAGAGGCUCUCAAGGAGUCCACCCACCGGCUGAUGCGUCAGUGGCGAAGGGACCUGACAGCUGCACUAAAAAGGGACAACGAGGAUUUCAAAACAGUAGUCAAGUGCCUACCAGGCAUGUGACAGUAGACAAAUAGACUCUCUCCCUUUAUAGCUAUACAUUGACGAAUACUGUACACUUGUGGUGUAGUAUGAAGACCUUAUGUAUGUAUGUGUAUCUCUUUACACGGUGUAUAGGUGCUAAUGAAUGAUAAACUAACCUAUGUGUUUUAUCUCAGCUCUGGGUUCAAAGUUCUUUGGUCCGAAGCAGUACCCGUUCCUGCUGCUCCUGCCAGCGGAGGUGUGGGCCGACAUCGUGGUGGAGGAGGUGGUGGUUCAUAUCCUCGGCCAACAACAGGGGCUCCCCCUCACCUUCCUCUGCCGACUCAUCUGUGACUCGGCCUGGCAUAAGUACGUGGUCCUCCAGAAGAAGCAGAGGGGAGUGGUGGAGAAAACAUCUCAGCUGUACCAGCAGUUCAUGAGUCACCUGGCCACUCCCUCUCCCCCUCACCUUCCCCACCGCCAGCUCUGGCAGGACAUGGACGAUGCUCUCGCCAGUGCCGGCUCUCUGAGUGUGGAUAUUCCAAAGUGGCCGUUCACUGUGGCCAGCUAUGUUGGAGCUGGCCUCUUGUCGCGACUGAUAGACACUGCAAAACUCAGUCUCAGUGACGACUGCAAUGGCGAGGCGGCCUUCUUCCACUCGUAUGAGGCGGGAGAGAACGGGUGGCAGGCGGGUCACGUCAAAGGUCAUCAGAAACUCUUCAAACUCUUCAAAAAAUACUACAUCAAACACGAGUCCACUCACUUCAGACUGGCGGCAGAACUGACUCCCAUGCUGAUCCCCCCACGACCCUGGAGCCAGGUCAACGAGGGGGGAUACUUUGUCAAUCCCGUCUCCAUCAUGCGCAGUGUGGCAGAUGUGUACCAGCACCACUCUCUCCUGCAGCAGGCUCCAAACCUCAAUGCUGUGUUUGACUCUCUCAAUGUCCUCGGGACCUGCUCGUGGAGAAUCAACACUAGGAUCCUGGACCUUGUGACAGAGAUAUUCAACAGGGGAGGUAAUGAUGACCUGGGAGUCCCUGUCAGAGACCCUGUCUUCCCAGAGGGUCUGGAGAACCAGGAGCCCUCCAGAAGGAGAGAUGCUCAGAUGAAGAAACUGAGCAACGAGUGCUACUCUCUGUGGAUGGACAUGCUCUAUCGACUCUCCCUCGCUAAUUACUUUCGAGAUGAUCUGUUUUGGAUGCCUCACAACAUGGACUUCCGUGGCAGAGCCUACCCAGUGCCUCCUCACCUCUCACACCUCACGAGUGACGUUGGUCGUGCUAUGCUCCAGUUUGGAACUGGGUAUCCUCUGGGAGACAAAGGCCUGGACUGGAUCAAGAUACACCUGGUCAAUCUCCAUGGACACAAGAAAAAGGGGUCUUUGAAAGAGAGGGUGGAGUAUGCUGAUGAGAUGAUGGAACACAUCAUGGACUCGGCAGACCGACCCAUGGAGGUAAGC